GAAGAAGGCAUUAAGAUUCAAGACGAAACAACCUCAAAAUAAAUGAAAAAGAAAACCCAGGCGCGGGCCAAAGCAACACGAAUUCCAAAGGCGGCACCUUAAUUUGGUUUCCUUUCAGAUUCAAGCACGCCUUUUUAUUAUAUAUGAAUUAAAUCCCACCAACAUUUGGCUGCCCGUUGCAUCAAUUUUCUCACCGGAACUUCUUAUCGACGUACCCCUUUUAUUGUGAAGCACGGAGAUGAUUGGAGGAGUGGCCGAGAGAGAUGCACGGAAAGCCCAUGUCUCCAUGGCGUUGGUGCAACUCUGCAAUGGAGGUUAUCAUGUGAUUACCAAAGUAGCCCUCAAUGUUGGUGUUAACCAGCUUGUCUUCUGCGUCUUCCGUGAUCUUCUUGCUCUCGCUCUUCUUGCCCCCAUCGCCUAUGUUCGUGAGAAAAGGAUUCGAACUCCUAUGACUAAACGCCUCCUCCUCUCUUUCUUCUUUCUUGGGUUAACUGGGAUAUUCGGCAACCAGCUUUUAUUUCUCAUUGGUCUGAGCUAUACAAAUCCAACUUAUGCUGCUGCUAUACAGCCUUCAAUUCCAGUCUUCACCUUUCUCUUGGCUGUAAUGAUGGGUACGGAAAGAGUGAAUUUGUCCAAAACCGAAGGUCAAGCGAAGGUUGGAGGUACGCUAAUCUGUGUCUCUGGUGCAAUAUUAAUGGUUCUGUUUCGUGGUCCAGCUUUAAUUGGACAGAAAGAUGCAGACUUUGCUCAUUAUGACAUAAGUGCCAGGGGUCAACCAGAACCUUCUGGAUGGCUUGUGUCUAGUUUUUUGGAGUUUGGUCUUGAAUAUUGGCAUAUUGGAGUUCUAUGCUUGAUAGGGAACUGUAUGUGCAUGGCUGCUUUCCUGGCCAUUCAGGCUCCAGUUUUAGCCAAGUAUCCUGCAAACAUUUCUGUCACAGCCUUUUCCUAUUUUUUUGGUGCCGUAUUGAUGGUAACAACAUCCUUUUUUAUGACCAAUGAGUCAACAGACUGGAGGCUGACACAGUCUGAGCUUUUCGCCGUCUUGUAUGCUGGAAUCGUUGCAUCUGCUCUUAACUAUGGACUCCUAACGUGGUCGAACAAGAUCUUGGGGCCCGCUUUAGUUGCUCUUUAUAAUCCCCUUCAACCUGCAGCAUCAGCAUUUCUAUCGAGAGUAUUCCUCGGGAGUCCAAUUUUUUUGGGAAGCGUGCUUGGAGGUUUGCUAAUCAUUGCUGGUCUAUAUAUGGUCACUUGGGCGUCCUACAAAGAAAAGCACGCUGCUACGGGGAUGGUGCCUCUUGUCGUUCGGCCUUCCGAACCUCCCUUUCACAAAGAUGCAGCGAUUAACAAGAACCCACUCCACCGGGGACACAUUUUCUCUUCCGUUUUAUCAGCGAAGCCCAUCGAUUAACUUCGUAAUCCGGUGUGGUGUAAGGUUACCAUGAGCUUUUUUCUUACAGGUACAUUUUACUAAAGAUCGUGUAGUGUCACUCGGCAUUUGUAAACUUUGAUGGGUAGCAAAAGAGAGAUUCGUUAAAUCCA